GUUGAAACAAUUUAAUGCAGAAUCAAAUUGUUGAGGGCUAUAAGACCCUCGCUCACAUCCAUCAAUUUCUCAUCAACGAUCGGCCUCGCCCUCCUAAUUAAAAUCACAAACAAAAUGGUACGUUUUACAAGGGAAGGUGCUUUGUUAUCCUUGCUCUGUCUUAAUGUGCUAGUAGUGAGUGUGCUUGCUAGAGAUGUAGUGGCUGUUAGAAAUGAGGACGAGAAGUUCCUAGGUAUUGAAAAGGGUGGAGGAUUUGGUGGUGGUUUUGGCGGAGGAGGUGGUGCAGGUGGCGGGUUUGGUGGCGGAGCUGGUGGAGGCGGCGGAUUUGGGGGUGGAGCAGGUGGAGGCGGGGGCUUUGGUGGCGGAGCCGGUGGAGGCGGCGGAUUUGGGGGUGGUGCUGGAGGUGGCGGCGGGUUAGGCGGUGGUGCUGGAGGUGGCGGUGGGUUAGGCGGUGGUGCUGGUGGUGGGAUCGGCAAGGGUGGUGGCCUAGGGGGUGGGAUAGGAAAGGGUGGUGGCCUUGGUGGUGGGAUUGGCAAGGGUGGUGGCCUAGGGGGUGGGAUUGGCAAGGGUGGUGGAAUUGGGAAAGGUGGUGGACUUGGAGGCGGCAUUGGGAAAGGUGGUGGACUUGGAGGUGGCAUUGGGAAAGGUGGAGGAAUAGGUGGUGGAAUUGGCAAAGGUGGGGGAUUAGGAGGUGGAAUUGGUAAGGGAGGGGGAGUUGGCGGUGGGAUUGGGAAAGGAGGAGGUCUAGGUGGAGGGAUUGGAAAGGGCGGUGGCAUUGGUGGUGGGAUUGGGAAAGGAGGUGGGAUUGGUGGAGGUAUUGGGAAAGGUGGUGGACUUGGAGGCGGCAUUGGGAAAGGUGGAGGAUUAGGUGGUGGAAUUGGCAAAGGUGGGGGAUUAGGAGGUGGAGGUGGUAAGGGAGGGGGAGUUGGCGGUGGGAUUGGGAAAGGAGGAGGUCUAGGUGGAGGGAUUGGAAAGGGCGGUGGCAUUGGUGGUGGGAUUGGGAAAGGAGGAGGUCUAGGUGGAGGGAUUGGAAAGGGCGGUGGCACUGGUGGUGGGAUUGGAAAAGGAGGUGGGAUUGGUGGAGGUAUUGGGAAAGGUGGUGGACUUGGAGGCGGAAUUGGGAAAGGUGGUGGAGUGGGUGGUGGAAUUGGCAAAGGUGGGGGAUUAGGAGGUGGAAUUGGUGAGGGAGGGGGAGUUGGCGGUGGGAUUGGGAAGGGCGGUGGCAUUGGUGGUGGGAUUGGAAAAGGGGGUGGGAUUGGUGGAGGUAUUGGGAAAGGUGGAGGAGUAGGUGGUGGUGGUGGUUUUGGAGGUGGAUCUGGUGGUGGGAUUGGUGGUGGGUUUGGAAAAGGUGGAGGUGUUGGAGGAGGAAUAGGAGGUGGUUCUGGCGGUGGCUUUGGGGGAGGAGGUGGCAGCGGAGGUGGGUUUGGUGGUGGGGGUGGGUUUGGAGGCGGUGGAGGCGGUGGAAUCGGACACCACUAAACUUUAUACGUUGCAUGCAUGCAAUCUCAUAUAAAGAAAAAAAAGAGAGACCUCUAUAAAAAUAUAUUAACUAUGCAAUUUGUCUAGUAUUUUUAUUGUAUCGUCAUCAUAAUAAUUGAUUUCUUAAUUACUAAACGUUGUUACUCCGUUCAUGUGUUUUAUUUAUUAUACUUAAUUUCUACCAA